UGUUCAUCUACCCAUCAGAUUCUUCAUUUAAGAACAUGGGGAAAACAAACAACCAUCUUCAACACCAAUCAAUCUUUAUAUAUAUCAUGAGUUGCAUAACCUUUCACCAGUAACUUUUUCUCACCAUGGAUUCAGAAAUACUCUUUGUCUUUUCCUUUCUCCUCUGCAUGAUUGUGGCACUGAAAUUAGGGAGAAACUUAAAGAAAAAAACUAAGUCAUCACUGAACAUACCCCCUGGACCAUGGAAGCUGCCAAUUAUAGGAAACCUGCACCAUCUUCUUUCAUCCACACCACACCGAAAACUCAGAGACCUAGCCAAAAUAUAUGGACCCAUGAUGCAUCUCCAACUGGGAGAGAUCUUCAUAAUCGUUGUUUCCUCCGCAGAGUAUGCUAAAGAGAUCAUGAAAACACAUGAUGCAAUCUUUGCAUCAAGACCUCAACUUCUAGCAGCAGAUAUAGCCUCCUAUGGAUACACUAACAUUGCUUUUGCGCCUUACGGAAGUUACUGGAAAAAGGUACGAAGAAUCUGCACCAUGGAGCUUCUGUCCCCAAAACGUGUGAGCUCAUUCCAGCCUAUCAGAGAGGAAGAACUGAGCAAUCUGGUUGAAAUUAUUGGCACACAUGUUGGAGGGUCCCCCAUCAACCUCACUGAAGCAGUGUCGUCGUCAAUGUAUAACAUAAUUUCAAGAGCUGCUCUGGGGAAGAAGCGCACCAAAGACCAGGAUGAGUUCAUGUCAAUACUCCAACGAGGAGUGGUUGGUGCAGGAGGCUUUGACAUUGGAGAGUUGUUUCCUUCUGCUACAUGGCUUCAACAUCUCACUGGUUUGAGGCCUAUGCUUGAGAAGGUGCAUCAAGAAAUGGAUCGGAUACUUGAAGCCAUCAUCGAUGAACACAGAGAAGCGAGAUCCAAAGCCAAAUAUGGCCAUGAAUCAGACGAAGAUUUGGUUGAUGUUCUGCUAAACUUCCAUGAUGCUAAUGACACUAACCAAGAAGUUUGCUUAACCAUUAACAAUAUCAAAGCAGUAAUCAUGGACAUUUUUGUAGCUGGAGUUGAGUCUGUGACGACAACAGUAAACUGGGCAAUGGCAGAGAUGAUAAAGAAUCCAAGUGUGAUGAAGAAAGCACAAGCUGAGGUGAGAGAAGUGUUCAAAGAAAAGGGAAAGGUUGAUGAGAUAUGCAUGAAUGAACUACAAUAUCUGAAAUCAGUUGUGAAAGAAACCCUAAGGUUACACCCUCCAGGAACUCUUCUGGUUCCAAGAGAAUGUGGAGAGACAUGUGAGAUUGAUGGGUAUCACAUACCAGUGAAGAGCAAGGUACUGAUAAAUGCUUGGGCAAUUGGAAGAGACCCAAAGUACUGGAAUGAAGCAGAGAGGUUUUAUCCAGAGAGAUUCAUUGGAAGCUCCAUUGAUCUUAGAGGAUCUCAUUUUGAGUUCAUUCCCUUUGGUGCUGGAAGAAGAAUGUGUCCAGGCAUGUCCUUUGGCUUGCUGAGUGUUGAACUCACUCUUGCUGUUUUGUUGUUUCACUUUGAUUGGAACCUUCCAAAUGGAAUCAGAAGUGAAGACUUUGACAUGUCUGAGAAAUUUGGAGUCACUGUUGGAAGAAAGAAUGACAUUUUCUUGAUACCUCUCACUGCUUCUACUUCCCUGGGAAGUGAUGCAAAGAGUAACGAAGUAAGCAGUGGAAGCAAAGAAGAGUGAGUAAGGAAGAAGAUUUCCACACAUCUUUGCUGAAAAGUAAAUAUAUGCCUCAGUGUUUCAGUUCUUUAAUAAUGAAUAAUUGGUCAAGAGAUCAAGUCUUUAAGAACUGUUAAUUAGUGUAAUAUUUUUAUGUUAUGUUUGUUUUCUCAAGUAUUUGAAUUGUAAGUUUUUUUUUUCUAGCAUGCUUCAUCUAAAGAGCUUAAUAAAAAUGUGUUAUUGCAGUUAUAAUUUCA